GUAAUUUUGAGUGUUUAGAUGCUAAGGACAGUGCUUUAUACAAAAGCACUUAUCUUAACAGCUCCAUGUGUCAUUGUUCCAGCAAGAAUUGCCAUUUUCAGUUUCAUUACUCUAUGGCUGAUAGCAGUGUUCUCAAGGCGGUACUGCUUAUUAAUCAGAAGGAACAUAUCUUGUGGGAGACCAACAUUAUGACUAAGAAGGAAUGGGUCAAAGUGGAUAUACAGCUACCAACAGGGAUGGAAAAAUUGAAGCUUAUGUUUAAAGGAACAUUCCAGACCAGGGAAGGUUUUGUCUGUCUGAAUACCAUCCAGCUCUUGGACUCUACACCAUCAGAACCACCAGGUUUCUACUCCUUAGAAAAGUUCACCAGUAGUGAUGAGGACUCAGCAGCUUGCUCUAAUGACACGGUAUGUGAUUUCGAGACUGACCUCUGUGGCUGGAAGCCACUAAGCACAGGUGAUGCUGACUGGAACAUCAGGAAAGAACAGGCUCCCCUCGGUGGGACACUCUCUAGCAGAGGUCACAGAGCUAAUACUGGACAUGGAGCAUUUCUUUACUUCAGUGGAUCACAUCAGACGAACACCAAGAUGGCCAUGUCUCAUCUGGGGAGCCCUUUCCUUGUCAAACUGUCCAGUGGGCUUUCCUGCUGUCAGGUAAGAUUUUGGUACUGGUUAUCUCCGGAUUCCCAGCUUUCUGUCUUUAAGAGAACUGCGUGGGGUGGAAGUUUGGAAAAAUUGUGUGACAUUGCAGGAUUGUCUGAGAUGCAGUGGACAAAAGUGAAUAUACCUACAGAAAGCGUAACUGAGGGUUUACCUUUUCAGAUUGUUUUACGAGCUACUAUUCUAACAAGAAAUGCUACUGUUGCUGUUGAUGACAUCAGUAUAACAGAGGAAUGUAGAGUUGUAAAUAAAUCAAUUCCAAGUGUAAACCAAGAAAGUGAAGCUGCUGUUUGUGACCUUGAGAGAGACAGCUGUGGUUGGAUUGAAACUGCAAAUGGAGAUGAUUUUGACUGGGUAAGAAGUUCCAGUAGUGCUCUUGCACCUGCUUUUCAGAAGCAAGCUCCUUUGCAGGAUCACACCCUCAACAAACCUGAAGGUCAUUUUAUAUUCAUUCUGAAAAACAGCAGCAGCAUUUCACAACUAGCUCAGCUACGAAGCCCAAAGUUCAGGCAAACUGGAUCAAAUUGCACAUUGUCUUUUUGGUAUUACAAUUAUGGACAGUCAGUUGGGGCAGCAGAAAUGCAAUUGCUUGUGGAUGGGCUGAAACAGCCUACUAUCCUUUGGAGGACAUACUACAGCGAGGGAAAUCAAUGGCUGAAGGCAGUCAUUCAGCUUGGACGUCUUCCACAUCCUUUCCAAUUAUCACUUGAUAAAAUCAGUCUGGGUAUUUAUGACGGCAUUUCAGCAAUUGAUGAUAUUAUAUUUGAAAACUGUGCUCUUCCACCUCCAGCAUUAAGUUGUGAAGAUCCCACUCAUUUCUGGUGCAGAGACACGAAAGCAUGUAUUGACAGUUUGUUGGUCUGUGAUCUUGUGGAUGACUGUGGGGAUGGAUCAGAUGAAGAUAACUGCAACCCUGACUUACAGUGCAACUUUGAAAAUGGGCUGUGCAAUUGGGAGCAGGAUGUUGAGGAUGACUUUGACUGGAUCAGAAUCCAGGGUCCAACUCCCACGGUUAAUACAGGUCCAUUAAAGGACCACACAACAGGCACAGCCAGGGGACACUACCUCUACAUGGAAUCCUCUGAGCCAUGCCAAUUCAAAGACAAAGCAGUUUUGCUUAGUCCUCUCUUCAACCCUACCAGCAACAGAACCUGCAUUUUUCACUUUCAUUACCAUAUGUUUGGAAAGCAAGUUUACAAACUAGCAGUCUUCCAGAGAACUGUGAGUAAUACCAAGGGAUGGCUGUUGUGGAACAAGUUUGGAAAUCAAGGAAACAGGUGGAUCAGACAGACACUCUAUAUCAGGAGCUCUAAGCCAUUUCAGAUCUUGGUGAAAGGUACCGUAGGAGAUGGUUUCACUGGAGACAUUGGACUUGAUGACAUGUCUUUUCUAGGCUGUACUCUUUACAAUGGAAAUUUGCCAACAAUCUCUACAACUUCUUCAGGAACUACAGUCCCUGCCACACUCCCCAUGAACAACUGCACAGAGAAAGAGUUUGUCUGUAGGGCCUCUGGCCACUGCAUCCAGAUGAUCCAGAAGUGUGAUUUUAGACCUGAUUGCUAUGACAAGUCUGAUGAAUCAACUUGUGUUAUGGAAGUCUGUGACUUUGAAGAUAGAAACCAAUGUGGAUGGUAUCAACAAGCCUUGGAACAGAUGUCAGUAACUGGUUCUAUCCAUAGAGCAAACAUAUUCAAGUGGGAACUUGGUAGAGGGACAAAUCUCUACCUUGGGCAAGAAAAAUACUGCCCAUUAAUUGAUCAUACUACGUGA